AUGGCCAAAAGUCUUGCUGGGUCUGGAGUGAUGUUCAGAAAGAUAAACGCCGUAUUUCGCCCGAAUCAUGGGCAGCAGCGAUCACGCUCGCGUGAUGAUUAUCAUAACGCGUCCACCGUGAGGCUGGUGCGCAGCACAUCGAUGUUGGUUGUAGGGGAGAGUCGUGUCACUCAGCGGGACUCCACACUCAAACGUAGCGUAAGUGCCGUGAGCCUUGAAACCAGCACAGCACUGUUUUACUACCAGAGCCGUGAGGACCGGGUCUGGCUCUAUUCUCAGAAUCAGAGCUGUUUGGAGUACCUUCAAGACUUGGUUGCGCUCCGCCGGCAGUAUACCAGGAGCAUGACUGAUCUGAAGAAUCGGGAACGUAAGGAAAGCGUGACCGGAAAGAAAAAACCUGCGCCAAAGCCACCGCAACACAAAGUCUCACAGACCAGUAGACCAGAGCCCUCGGCACCUCCUGCGCCUAGUGAAGAAGACACACUGCAGUUCUUUGAUGCUGUGAUUGCAAGCUGUGACCCAGAGCCAACAAGAAAACCGUUCAUUGACGACGGACAUGCUGACGUGGACUUCAUUGUUGCCACUAGUACUUGUGAACAUGACCUGCACUCGAACUGGGUUUUGCGGAAUCCCAGACGCAUCCCGUCAGACGAGCAUCCGCUCAGUCAUUCAGCUGUCAACGGGGACAUGGUGUUCCGACACAGGGGAGACAACGCGAGUACCGGAAGCAGAAGAUGGCUCCAGAGGAACCCCAUACACCUCCCCAAAGUGGUAGAGAGUGCAUUUCACACUCUGCGCCUCAAACCUAGAUUCCGCAAGAAAGACUAG